UCAAGGACAAACACAUACUGACUCACACACUUGUCUUACCACAGAGAGCAUGCAAAGAAGAUUUGAUUCAGGAUUUGAAAUAAAGUCUGUGUUCGUGGAUUUAUUUUCUCAAAGAGUUUCCCAAGUGGAAAUAAGAAGGCUCUCCACGCAAGGCUAUGAGUCCAUCAGACCUUUCUCCAUCAUUAAAAUUCUGUAAUUACGCAUCUACCACCAUCACAACCACCACUUGCUUCCUCCAGAUGUCCCAGGAAAGAUGGGUAGCGUCAGCAGUUUGAUAUCAGGCCAUAGCCUCCACGGCAAAAAUUGCAAAGCCUCUGAACAAAAACUCAAAAAGGGGAUUCAUUCCAAGAAAACAGGCCGUGGCUUGGAUAGCCUUAUGAAGUAUGGUUUAUCUCAGGACCAUUACAGCACCAACAACAACUCAAAAGUCAGCUAUCAUUCAGGCCAAAACGAUGACUUCUUUUACAUCAAGGUCAACAACAAGCCCCAAGCCGGUCACCAUAACAUUUAUACAUCUGAAGACAGUCAAGAGAGAAGAGCUGAGAUAGACAGGAGACGAGGGCCACCAGAAUUAGUUCCAAAAUCUGGACAACUAGAAAAGAGUAUAGAGAAGGCUGUGAUCCGACCUACUGCCUUCAAACCUGUUCUUCCCCGCAGCAGCAGUUCUUCAGUGGAGACUCAUAAUAAUCUGAGCACUAUACUUGGCAAGAGAAUUAGUCCUAUAGACAGACUCAAAGAUCUUCAAGAUCCCAAGCUGGAGAUAAAUUCAGGAACCUUCUCUGACUCAGGAAGGAACUCAAUGUCCAGUCUACCCACGCACAGCACCAGUGGCAGCAGCCAGAUGGACAACCUAAGCACUUCAACUAGCCACAUGCUGCGCCAUGGAGGCCCAGCCCUAAAUGUGAACAGAUCCCAAAAUCCACAAGGGGGUGUAACUGGGAUGAAUGGAAACUCUGAAUCCAGUUGGAUGUACAGUGGGACUAAUGUGAUCUGUGAAAACAGCUGGGCCAAUGCGAUUGGUGAAGCUAACAGAAGUAGUGAGUCCACUAAUGCAAACACAAGAUCCAUUGGUGUACUAAGUGAAAGUGUGGCUGCUGCAAUAAGUUUGAGCAGAGAAAUAACUGCUGUGUCACUGACUGUCUCAUCCAUUGAGUCAAAGAUUGACUUCUCUGGAAACCAAGAAUUGCUUUUGGAACAUAACUAUACAGAGCAAAGCCCAAAAAAACCUUCAACUUCGGGCGGCUGUGUCCGAUCCCCGAUUUCAACAGAUGGAUCACUUAUUCAGCAGCUGGAGCGGAAACUUCUGGAACGUGAAACUGUGCUGGCGGAGUUACAGACAAGUCUUGAGGAGAAAGAGUCAGACACAUGUCAGCUGUUUGAGGAGAAGCAACGCUAUUGUGCCGAGGAGAUGGAGGGGUUGAAACAACAUUGUUCUACAAAGCUCCGUCAAGUGUCACAGAGGGCUUUGAAAGCCCAACAGUUAUUGCAGCUUCAGGUGAUACAACUGCAGCAGGAUAAAGAACGUCUGCAGGAGGAGGUGGAUCAGCUGAAUCGUGACAGGGACUGUGCAGAAAGCCGGCUCCGGAUCUAUGAGAGCCAGAAAAACCAUCUAGUACCCACACUAGAGGAAACACAGUGGGAGGUGUGCCAGAAGUCAGGUGAGAUUUCACUGCUAAAGCAGCAGCUCAGGGACUCCCAAGCCGAUGUUGGUAACAAACUAAGUGAGAUUGUCAGUCUCAAAUCCUCACUCAAAGAGUUCAGAAACAAUAUGGAAGAGCUGGACAAAAAGAACAAAGAGCACGAGGAAGCUCUUCGCCUUCGAAACACUGAGGUUGAGGUAUGCAAGAAUGAGUUCCAAAGAAAGGAGAAUGAGGCUGAACUCCUCAGGGAGAAGGUAAACGUGCUGCAAACGGACAUCAAGGGAAUGAAGCAGGAUCUUGCAAUGGCCAAAGAGGAACAACAGCAACUAAUGACCAUGAGAGCCAAGGUCGAGGAGCAACAAGCCAGAAUGAAGGCCCUUAGGGUUGGUGAAGCCAAAAUUAAUGGCAAGGAGGGAUCUGGGGCUGGUAAAACACUCAAUGGAGGGACCGCAGACAUAGACAUUCUACAGAAGGAGGUACAAAGUCUUAGAGGGGAACUGAAGGAAGAGAAACAAAAGAAACAUAAGAUGAUGAACACCUUUCAGCAGGAGAAACUAAUAUGGAAUAAAGAGAAGGACAAAGUAAUCAGAUACCAAAAGCAGUUACAAUACAAUUAUCUGCAGAUGUACAAAAAGAACAAGGACCUGGAGAAGAUUCUGAGGGAGCUAACAGCUGAGAUGGACAGCAAGACAGAGAUUGACAUGUACAGCCAGAGCCCUGACCUGAACUUUGAGAAAACUGUAGCCACAGAGAUAUAGAAGAGGAAUCUUUUCAUACAAUUAACUAAACAGUUUUAAUGGUGAAUGUAUUAACAUCAUGUCAAGGUUACAACAUUUGUGGCUUGACAAAAUGGAAAUGACUUCAUUGAAAUACUAUGUCAGACCUUUGAUCUCAUUGGCAAGAUACACGUUAAACAAAGGGCACAAUCCACAUAGAAACAAAUGAAAGGGAUGCCACAGGAUACUCUAAACAUAAGAUCAUAACUUUUGUACAGACCACCAAAAGAUUUUCCUCUUUCAGAGGGAUCACUUCAUUGGAAAUCAUUUGUCAGCCAUGUGUAUUUCUGGGUAAUGUCUUAUUAUUAAUCUGUACAUACAGUAUAUAACCAAAGGCUUUACCUCCCACUCAUUCAAACAAUCUGCUACUUCUUGCCUAAUCCUUAAGCUAUUGUAAAGACUCACUAGAGAGCAACACAUUAAUGUUGUGAAUGUUUCAUUUCCACUAUUUGCUAUUUUUGCACUCUCCUUACCAAUACCCCUUAUGACCGAUGCUUUGGCAUACAGGCUCAUAAUGAAUCUGUAUGCAGUGAUAUACAGUAGCUCAUACGGUGACAUGUUGUCACAUGGUGAUUGCAAAGCAGAAGUGCUGUUCACAAAUGUCCAGGUACACCACACACAGCAUCUCUCACAAUGCUUAGUGUAGCCAUUACAUAUUCAAUCAUUUAAAGUGAAUCGAAAGUAUUUCAUAGUGUCUUAGCAGCUGUUUAACUGAGCAAUUGUGCAACCGCUACUUUAAAAUCUACUAUCAUAUUUCCUGUUGAAUUUUCUUCAGUCUGGUGUUUUCUGGGACCAUUUUUGUCCAUAAACAGCAGUAUAAAUACAUAUUUGCAAACUGAGUUUUAUGUGCCUCAUUCUACAUUUUGCUGCAGUUUUCUGGUGAAAUUUACACUUGGCGCUACAACAACCAUGCGUUUUAUUCACUGUCACACAAAUCACGAGUACAAUGGCUGAUCAUGACUUUAUAAACACUUUAUUUUACCCUAUAACUCACACACUGCUAUGUUUUGAUAUUGAAACACUUUUAUUCUAAUUUGAAAGAUUUCAUUAACAUUUUUGUAUUACAGACCCACCUGCAUUUACACACUUAUUCCAAUGUGAUUUGCAUCCACAGUAGUUCACCUGAUAGAGUGUUUGCCUUUGGUUUGGAAGACUGCGGUUUGAGACCAGUCAAACACACACGCUGACACUUGAGACAAAAGUGUCAUAGAUGCAACUCCACAUGAUGUGGUUGUUUCAGAAAAUGUCACAUUUUCAUUUAGGAUACUAUUGGUUAGGUUUAUGCAUUGGUUUAGGGUUAGGAUGUCUAUUUUGUUUACCUCUCCUUUGCUUUUAGGCCACUUUUGGUUAGGUUUAGGUAAAAAUGUGUAAGGAUGGUACAUUUCUCUCAUUAAAACCUCUAACAUUCACCUUUAAAACCUUGUCUGAUUACGACACCAUUUCACUCACUUUUGGCACCCACCCGCUAGGCAUUUCACUGGGAAACUGCAGCAAAACGUGUAAUGAAUGUAAUUGUAACAUAAUUUUACAUUCAUGGCAAACUUCAACAUGAAAUUAAUAUCAAAAGAUAAUUUUUGAUGUUCACAGAUUAUCUGCUAGCUCUCAAAUUCUGGUUGCAUUUUGGUUCUGGUUGACACACGAGAACUAAUGCCGUUUUGCAUCAAUGAUGUCAAACCUGACAUGAUGCAUCUAAAGACACAAUUUUUUUAAUGUAAAGGAAUAUUCUGGGUACUCCACAAGUUCAAAUUUACACAGAAAACUUUAGUGAUUUUAAAGUGAUUUUAUCACACUUAAAUCAUAUUAACAGGCAUAUGUUUUACAUUUUGUGACUUUACUUUUGAAACAGUAUUUCAAUGUUUACGGAUUGGCCCCAUUCACUUCUAUUAUAAGUGUCUCACUGUAACAAAAAUUUUGCUUUUUCUAAAGAUCAGGAGGUACGACUCGACAAGAUUUUUGUUGUAACCAAUUUUAUGCCACAAAUGUAUCGAUUGAGCUUAAGUUGUAUUGAACCUGGAAUAUUCCUUCAACACAAGAUGAGAUCCAGUGUAGUGUAAGAUAAGCGAAUAACUGUUAAACUAGGUCUGUUUCAUCACACAAAGCUAUUGAAUGGCUUCACAAGACUUGGAAUAUAGUGCAAAAGCCAUAUGGGCUACAUUUAUAAUAGGUCUGUGGUACUUUUUUGGUAUAGAAAACAGAAGCUUAGACAUGCUGCCUAACAUCUACUUUCAAAUACAGGGUUGAAAAGAGAAAAUGAUAAAAUCAUUUUUAUAAUUUUAUUAAAUUAUAUGAUACAUUUUUAUUUUUUCAAAGGAAAUUUGGACCAGUUCUGGCAAUGUCCAAAGGACCCAUCCAUAGAGUGUCUUCCUGAACAAAAUCUAAAUGGGCCAGUCAUCUCUUUCACACUCCAUCCAAGUAGGAAUUCUGAAUUUGAAUUCAAUAUUUUUUCAAUGUGCCAGGCCAUUAAGACAAGUUAUCUAGCAACAAGAAGCCUGUAUAAUUCAGUAUAAAGAAAGAGGUGAAACACAGAUUAUGAUCAGUUUGACUCAGCUGCUGCAGAGGAACAGGGGAUGAAACAAGAAUAUAAGAGGAGUUGAGUGUCCUUCUUUACAACACCUAAACCUAAAAUGUAGGGGUCGCAUACAUUCCAAACCUCUAUGUGUUGCUGUCCUAUUCAACGUAAUGGUUUAUAAGGCUAUACUUAAAAACAAUUGCCAAGGAAUGUAGCUUGAUAUGGCAAACAGAAAAGACAACAAUGAGGUGGACAGCACUGAGGCAGUUCAGUAAUUAGGUGCCCAGUGUUUCAUCAUGUUUAAUCAAUAUUUCCCAAACAACUACCUUUUAUAUUAUCAUCCUUAGAGCUUCCAGGAGUCUUGAUUUGGUUGGAACAAAUAUAAAUGUAAAAACCAGUGAUAACUGAUAAUCAUGUUUUGAUGGUGAAGGGUGAUUGUGGGACAUAUGGCAG